UAGCUGGUAGAAUGAAAAAGUUUAAGAGAAGACUUUCUUUAACAUUGCGUGGGAGUCAGACUAUUGAUGAGUCACUUUCUGAACUGGCUGAACAAAUGACAAUUGAAGAGAACAGCAACAAAGAUAACGAGCCCAUUGUGAAGAAUGGCAGACCUCCAACAUCACACAGCAUGCACUCAUUUCUUCAUCAGUAUACAGGAUCCUUCAAAAAGCCUCCAUUGCGAAGACCACACAGCGUUAUAGGGGGCAGUUUGGGUUCUUUUAUGGCAAUGCCAAGAAAUGGGAGCAGAUUAGACAUUGUACACGAAAACCUAAAAAUGGGAUCAGAUGGUGAAAGUGACCAAGCUUCUGGAACAUCAUCUGAUGAAGUUCAAUCCCCAACAGGUGUUUGUCUCAGGAACAGGAUACACAGACGGAUAUCUAUGGAGGACUUGAAUAAACGCUUGUCACUACCUGCAGACAUUAGGAUACCUGAUGGAUAUCUUGAAAAGUUGCAAAUAAAUAGUCCACCAUUUGAUCAACCAAUGAGUCGACGGUCUCGUAGAGCAUCAUUGUCUGAAAUUGGAUUUGGAAAAAUGGAAACAUAUGUUAAAUUGGAAAAGCUUGGUGAGGGUACAUAUGCAACAGUAUAUAAAGGAAGAAGUAAGCUGACUGAAAAUCUAGUAGCUUUAAAAGAAAUCAGAUUAGAGCAUGAAGAGGGUGCACCGUGCACAGCUAUUAGAGAAGUGUCAUUGCUAAAAGACCUAAAACAUGCAAAUAUUGUUACAUUACAUGAUAUUGUCCAUACAGACAAAUCAUUAACUCUUGUAUUUGAGUAUCUGGACAAAGACCUAAAGCAAUAUAUGGAUGACUGUGGGAACAUUAUGAGUGUGCAUAAUGUAAAGUUAUUUUUAUACCAGAUUCUGCGUGGUUUGGCCUAUUGUCACAGAAGAAAAGUACUACACCGGGACUUAAAACCACAAAAUCUACUAAUUAAUGAAAGAGGAGAAUUAAAGCUAGCAGACUUUGGCCUGGCUAGAGCAAAAUCUGUUCCUACGAAAACUUAUUCAAAUGAAGUUGUCACAUUGUGGUAUAGGCCUCCAGAUGUUCUCCUUGGAUCUUCUGAAUAUUCCACACAAAUCGAUAUGUGGGGAGUUGGAUGCAUAUUUUUUGAAAUGGCAUCAGGAAGACCUCUCUUUCCUGGGUCAACGGUUGAAGAUGAAUUGCACUUAAUUUUCAGACUUCUGGGAACUCCAUCACAAGAAACAUGGCCAGGCAUUACUUCCAGUGAUGAGUUUAGGAAUUACAACUUUCCCAAAUACAAGCCACAACCUUUGAUCAACCACGCUCCAAGGCUGGAUUCAGACGGGAUUGAACUGAUAGUAAAAUUUCUUCAAUAUGAAUCAAAGAAAAGAAUUUCAGCAGAAGAGGCUAUGAAACAUGCAUAUUUCAGAAGUCUUGGAACUAGAAUACAUACUUUACCAGAAAGUGUAUCAAUAUUCACUUUGAAAGAAAUUCAACUCCAAAAAGAUCCAGGCUUUCGAAAUUCCACUUAUCCAGAGACAGGACAUGGGAAGAACAGAAGGCAAAGCAUGCUUUUCUGAGGUGGGCAUUGCUGUUUCAAGCCCAACGCUAGUUUUACCUCCAUCAACGAAUCUAAUCUAAAGGCAGUUCUUCCCUUGAUGGACUUGCCACCUGUUUGUCUACACUGUCCUCCUCACAGUGCAGUCUUUUUAUUUCGGACCUACUGGUUAUUUUUUUUUAAAAUAUAUAUAUAUAUGUAAAUAUAUAUAUAUAUAUAUUUGUUGUCACAAUGUGACAAAUUUUUGUACAGUCAAUUUUAAGGUCUCUUCCACCAUUAGAGCCAGUAGGUUACAACUGUUAAUGUAACAAUAGCUGCAAUUUUUGUGCAGGACUGAGAAACACAGUGCAUUAUUUAUUGUGUAAUCAUUGCUGCUAAAUAACUACUGUCUGUAUAGUUAAGAAACAACUGAAUGCCUGAAAGAGUUGCAAUGGGUUUACUGUAUAUGCUAUGUGAAUGCCUUGUUUCUCUUCAUGAACUAUUGCUGCAGUUUUAUAUCUUGUUUUUUCUUUAACUGCAAUGUUUCCUGGAAUGUAAACACAGCUUUCUUGACUGUAGUUACUAUUUACUUUAAUGCUCUCUAGUUCUUGGCCUGUACAUUUCUUAUUUAACAUUAGAUAUAAAAUACUUAGAAUAUUACCAAAUACCUUUUUAAAGCACUUAGUAGUACAGAUAUCAAUUCAAACAAAUGAAAAACUGUCAGAUUCCAGAUCUCUUAUUUUGGCUUAUAUCAGAAAUGAUAAACCAUCUGUAUGUGACACUUAACUAUUAUCUAACUUUUUCUAAUGGACACUUAUUUGUUAGAAUAUUUUUGAUACGUGGUAUUUCCCUAAACGUUCCAGUGAUUCAAAGCAAACUCUGGGUGCAAUGCAUCCCAGCUCAAUUCUCUAAUUGCCACUUGCUUCGGUGGCUGUUUUAUGACCACAGCUUCAUUGGAAAGCCACAAAAGAAUGCAAGUCCACAAUAAAUAAUCUAUUAGUUUAUUAUACAGGCUUCAUGGAGUAUGAGAACUUAGAGGGUUUUAAAGGUUUUAGAUGUUAUCUGUUUAUUGAAAUUAAGACAUCAUAUUACAGUACUACUAAGCUUAUGUAUCUCAGUGAGUAUCAUAAGUACCUCCUGGUGAUAGGAACAGUAUUUUUCAGCAUUUGUGUACACCUUUUGGAACCUCUUUGUUUAGUGCAUCUUCCAGAGGCUGUAAAUCUUUAUUAGUAUAUUUUGAAAUGGUUAUGUAAAUCUUUGGCUGAUAUAUCAUGAAAAUAUUCAUAGAUAACUUAAUUUUUUUUCCUGAUGUUCACUGUAAAACAUUCAGGGGUCCUACCAUUUCUGUUCAGGAAAUCUUGUAAUUGAUUAUUGUUAUUUAACAGUAUUAAGUGAAAGAUUUUGUAUGUUUCUUUAACUUUAUUUGUGAAUAGUAAUUGUGGCAUGUUUUGGAAUGUUUUAUUAAUGUUUUAUUAUUAUAAUAGUAAAAUUAAUUUGGGAACUCUUUUCUGGAAAAGAAGACACGUUUAUGUGAAAUGGUGACUAUUGGACCACUGCUGCUUUUUAGCAUUUGUAAACUGGUUUUACACUUAACGAAGCCCAGUAGAGCUAACCAACUGCUGUUUAUUUCUAACAGAUGGACCUGUAUUAAUGUUGUACUUUUAAAGUAUAAAUAUUAUAUGGAAAUCUUCAGUAGUGUUCAGAUAUUCUAUAGUAUCCCACCAUGCAGCUUUAAGAAACUUUUUUGCAUUUCUCCCGCCUUCCGGAAGUCCUGAAUCCCUCACCUUCCUGAAGCUUGCCAAAAUCAUUGAAUUGAAGAAAGCUUUUCUGUCACUUUUCAGGAACAACAAUAAAUCCUAUUUUUAAAACAUGACUUUCCUUGAAGCUUGAAACUUUGCCACCCUGUAUUAUGUGUUUUUAAACUGAACAGCUGAUCCAGUGAAAUCCAGACAAAAACUAGUUGGUAUAUGUAGUUUAGUUUUACUAAAGUAAUCAGAGGACAUAUACAGACUGUGUUUUCUAUGUAUGGUUGGAAUACACUAUUGUUGUCCUGGUUUGGAAACAAUGUUUAAAUUCAACUUUCCAGAUUCAGCUAGAAAAUUUCUGCUUGACAAACCAAUAAGACAUCUGUUGAAUUGGGCAUAGCAGGAAUGGAGGGAGGAAAGAGGAUUUUUAAACUCUUGAAGUAACUCAGAAAUUGCCUUUUAUUCAGCAGAAUUGGGGCUAUUUCUCCUAAUAUAUUUCAACAAAGCAUCAUUACAGUUUAAGAGAUUUGAUCUAUUUGCAGUUCUGAUAUACACGUCCAUUUUUGAAUGGAACCCCAUAUGUUCCCUCUGCACAAAGGAGGAAUGAAGAUUCCAUUUCCUUAUUCUCCUUACAGCUCCUCACCACUUAACCC